AUGAAGGAUUUCUCGGUGUGGGAAUUUGAUCUCAGUCAAGCGAGCAUGAUACGUUACGCGCAGGACGUUCCCGACGCUCUGCGCUGUGCUUCCUGCAAGAAUGUGUUCAGAGACUGUGUUCUACAGGCGUCGUGCGGAGACAGAUUUUGUACUGAAUGCUUCAGGUCUCUAGUCAAACAAUUUGACAAGGCGAAAUGUUCAACAUGUGAAUAUGAACUAGAUCAAAAGCGCUGCUGGAGAGAUGUGUUUGCAGAAAGGGAACUGUUACAGCUGCAGGUGCACUGCUCUAGCAGUGGCUGUCAGUGGAUUGAAAAACACAUCUUUCUGCAGCCAUUACAAUCACAAAGAGAUCAAUUGAAAGAAGGCAUGCAAGCUGAGAUCCAGAGACAAGGACAUCUAGUCAGAGAAACAAAAGAUGCAACUGCACAAACCAAUGAAACCUUCUCAGCGACAGAGAAUCAGUUGCAUCAGCUCCAAAUUGGUCAAGCCAUCAUGCAAAAAGGAAUGACACGGGUUGAGGUACACGAUCAGUCAGAAAGAGCUCAUUCAUUAGAGCAACAAGUCAGACUGAUGAAAGAAGAACACACCAAACUUAAAGAAAUUAUUUCUAUGCAGAACAUCAGGAUACAGCAACUGGAAGUAGAUCAAUACAAACUCAACGGUGGAACAAAUACUAGCAGAACACGGUCUGAGGCUUGA